AUGAUACGGUUCAAAGGCCGCAGCAGUAUCAGACAGUACAUGCCAAUGAAACCUAUAAAGCGCGGUUAUAAGGUUUGGGUCAGAGCAGAUUCCAGUGGAUACAUGUGUGAAUUUCAAAUCUAUACCGGCAAGGUGGAUCACGCUCCAGAAAAGAAAUUAGGAGAGAGAGUUGUUAUAGAUCUAAGUAGAAACUUGGUUGGAAAAAACCACAAGAUUUACUUUGAAAACUUUUUCAAUUCUGUCGAGUUACAAAGACAGUUGAUCAACAAUAAAAUAUACUCCUGUGGUACCUUACGAAAGGGUAGAAAGCACUGUCCUGAAUUCAAGUCAGACAAGGAUAUGAAACGUGGUGAAGCCGAUUGGCAUAUUUCCAAAGAUGGUUUAGUUGCCCUGAAAUGGGUAGACCGGCGUAGCAUACUUAUGUUGGGAAAUCACAAUGAUCCUCUGUUUUAG